GUACUAAACAAAACGCCACUAUAUUAUGAAAAGUGGUAUAAUUUUUGCUUUCAGCGACUUUACUGUUCUUAACAUUAACUUCAAUACAAUAAUAAUAACAUUCAUCUGAUUUUCAUCUAAAAUUUAUUUUUAUCGAUUAUAACUCCGAGUUAUAUAUUAUUUUUUGUUUGGAGUUAUAAAUACUGAGUUUCGACUUAAAAGCCAAUUCACUGCACAAAACGCCUAUAGACUAGUGUUUUGGCGAAGACUUUUCACAAUUCAAUUCCUAACCCAAUCUCUCGUAAGAAAUAUUUAAAAAUAGAAACUAUUAUUCUAUGGAAAUAAACAAUUCUUCGGGUCCGCCGACACCGACCAGAGCCCAGAGAUUUAAGCCCCCGAGAGAUAUGUCGGCGCCGACCGGCAAACGCCAGUGGUCUCUACCCCGACGGCUCAUGUCUAUGGGCUUUACGGGACUCAACAGAACCACAUCUAAUAUAGAGCCGCGAACUUACACCAGAAGUAAUGGCAUUGAAGAGACCGAUGAUAUCAAAUACAUCGAUGAUGUGGAGAAUGAGGCGAUUAAAGACGAACUGUUCGGUGAAUUCGGCUUCACUUUCGACCAAAUCACUGAAAUGCAAGGCCUGAGCAUCGCUUCGGCCAUCUACAAGACCUAUCCGGCGAUCGUCAACAACAAGACCACAAAAGUACUCAUAUGUUGUGGAUCUGAAUUGCUGGGCAAGAGUGGACUCGUGGCCGCCCGUCAUCUCAAACUGUUUGUGAGUUCACUAAUGCAUGACAUCCUUGACCCCAAUGGACACACAGGAAAUGGUUUUCGUGCGACAAUAUAUAACCCAACGCCGGGAAAGACACCGCAUUAUCAUCGGCUCAUCAGACAGUGUCAAGAGUUUGAGAUCUCAUUCCUAUCGUAUUUGCCGAAUGAGUCG